CUCAGAGACACACGGUUUACAACGUUCGAACGUUUAUAAAGAUUUCUGUUCGAUUCGCAUCGAACUACAUCGACCAAUUCAGCGAAAACAUACCAGUGUUACUUUCUCGAUCAAACGGUAACCUAAAUUUUUCACGGAACGCACAACUCUUUUAUCUAUUUACUUCUGUUAAUAAUCUGAAACGAAUUUUUCGAGCGUUUCUUAUACGGUGACGAUCGCACGUGGUGAAAAUUUCUCGCUGAAUUUCUCGCGAUCGUAGCGUUCAGUUUUUGCGUGGAAGCUGUAAAACUGUGCACGGAAACACAUUUGACGCGACGCCAGUGAACUCUUCGCGAGUAUUCUCGGAAAAGAAGAGAAAAAAGAAACAGAACGAUCGUGGCGUUCGCAGGGAAAACGACACGCCAGUGGACACGCUACUGGUCAUGAUGGCUUUAGGAAUUACAAUUACCGUGGUUCACUGUUGGCUGUGAUGUGACACUGAUACAAGGGUCGCCACACGAAUACGGUACGAACUCAACAAUGGAGUGUCUUUGAGCACCACUCGUGCAAUUCAGCUUCCCUUAUACAUCGAUAUCUGCCGGAGAAAUCAUAAAAUUGGCGAACUCUCUUCAACAUAGAAAAACUACUCGCAAACAUGUCCAGGUAUAGCGUCCAAGAGUACGACCUCGAAACUGGAAAGCAAGUCCGGUUAACCGGAUACAGCAAUGCUGCCUUCGAAGAUCCAUUUCGAAGCAACAACAACGAUUUUGAUCAGACUGCUGAACUAGAAAACAGGCUUAGCAGUGUCCACGUCUCAAGCCAGGAUGACAAAAAUAUGAACAAUGAUGUUCCACCAAAUCGUGAAAAAGGUUUCUUAUGCUCUCUAGAAAGGAAGUGGUUAUAUCAACGAAUCAAAAGAUCCUGCAGGAAGAAGUUACUUUACAAAAGAGUACCUAUAGCAGCGUGGAUACCAAAGUAUCGCAAGGACUACAUAGUAAGUGAUCUUGUUGCCGGUAUUACCGUAGGCCUUACCGUUAUACCGCAGGCAAUAGCUUAUGCGAACGUCGCAGGACUUCCUUUGCAGUAUGGUUUGUAUUCGUCUUUCAUGGCGUGCUUCGUGUACACCAUCUUCGGAUCCUGUAAAGACGUUCCAGUUGGACCGACCGCGAUCAUCGCGAUAUUAACCAGAGAAACAUUACAGAAAUCUGAUCUAGAACCUGACUUUGCGGUUCUUUUAACUCUCAUCUCUGGUUGUGUCUGUUUUUUUAUGGGAAUUUUACAUUUAGGCUUUUUAUUGGAUUUUAUAUCAGGACCAGUUUCGGUCGGUUUCACAUCAGCAGCAGCAAUUAUUAUAGCUACUAGCCAAGUAAAAGAUAUUCUAGGCAUUCAUAUCGGCGGUAGUAAAUUCGUCGAAGUAUGGCAAAAUAUAUUUGAAAAAAUUGGGGAGACGAAGCUCUGGGACACUGCAUUGGGCAUCUCGUGUAUAAUUAUCCUUCUUCUUCUCAGAAAAAUCAAAGACAUACCGUUUAUGAAAAAGGCUGCAAAAAUGUCAUCAAGAGCACAAGUAAUUAUGCAAAAAUCACUCUGGUUGCUGUCUACUGCGCGAAAUAUUCUCGUGGUCCUCGUAUGCGGUGUUAUGUGCUGGCUUUUAGAAAGUCACUUAGGUUCCUCGCCUGUUAGACUGACUGGCCACGUUAAACAAGGACUUCCGGAAUUUCGGCUACCACCGUUUCAAACCUACCACAAGAACGAAACGUACGACUUCGUCGACAUGGUUUCCGCCCUCGGCUCUGGAUGUCUAGUCGUUCCUUUGUUGAGCCUCUUGGAAACCAUUUCCAUUGCCAAAGUUUUUAAUGAAGGUAAACCAAUCGAUGCAACUCAAGAAAUGUUGGCUUUGGGCGUGUGCAACGUUGUGUCGGCUUUCGUUUCUUCAAUGCCCGUCAGCGGUGGCCUCAGCCGAGGUGCAGUAAACCAUUCCUCUGGAGUAAAGACAACUCUCGGCGGUAUCUAUACUGGCCUUCUAGUACUCGUGUCGCUUCAGUUCCUCACCCCAUACUUAUACUUUAUUCCUAACGCCGCCCUUGCUGCAAUUAUCAUCGCGGCGGUCAUCUUUAUGGUGGAAUUACACGUGAUCAAGCCUAUAUGGCGAACAAAAAAAAUUGAUCUCAUACCAGCAAUAGCUACAUUUCUAUGCUGUCUUUUUAUAAGACUUGAAAUAGGUAUAGUGAUUGGUAUCGGUAUAAACGUUCUGUUCCUACUUUACGCUUCAGCGAGGCCGUCGUUAAGAGUUCAUAAAGAUACAAGUAUUAACGGCUGUGAAUAUCUUGUCAUAACGCCUGACAGAAGUCUCGUUUUCCCGAGCGUUGAAUAUGUGCGAGCUGUAAUUAGUAAGCAAGGUACGAAACAGGGAACCGCAGUACCUGUUGUCAUAGAUUCUACGCAUAUUCAAGCAGCAGAUUUCACAGCCGCGAAGGGAAUUAAAAGUUUGACGGAAGAUUUUUCUAAGCGUGGACAGCCUUUAAUUUUCCAUAAUUUGAAACCAAGUAUUAUAGAAAUUUUCAAAGGUGUAAAACCUUCUGGUUUAAGGUGUAGCUCUAGCGAACUUGAACUUAAUGACUGUUUGAAAGAAUUUUCAAAUAUUUCGUCGGCUUCUAUGAACAGAUACUGACAAUAUUUAGACUUCUAUAAAUUCCGUCCCGGAAGUACUCUUUCUUUAGUUUAUAUGUAUCAGUAUUAUAUUAAGACGAAGAUGGUCAAUAUGUUAGACAAU